UUUAACCUUUCUCCCUUCUAUUUCAGUAUAGCAAAGCUAUGGUUCUCCAAUGACCACGUUCAGCAGCAACUCGGCGAGUCGACUCACCAUCCUCCCCAACUACCAACCAAGCCCCCUCAAUCCCAAGGGCUCUGAAAACCCAAGAAAAAUCCAAACUUUACCAUCUUCUUCGAAAACCCCUCAUGACCUUUCCAUAGCUCGACAUGUUAAAGCCCCUCAAAACCGCAUCGCUCCUUCACCUACAAACCCUCCAUUCGCUAUUGGGUUCCCACCAUUUUGUCGAAUUCGCAUCAAGAACCAAGCUUUUCUCCCAACUCUCUCAUCCACCCUUCAAUCCUGCCCCAAACUUGGUGUUCCAAAUCUGUGACAUUCUGUGCGACCCUCAAUGGGAAAAGAGCUCAGAGCUCAGCUGGCUGAGCCCUAAGAUUAGAACCCAUCAUGUGUCAGAGAUUAUUGAGACCCACAAGAAUACAGACUCGGCGUUAAGAUUCUUCUACUGGGUUUCUAAGAGACCUUCCUACCAGCAUGAUAUGAGCUGCUUUUCAUCAAUGCUGAAUAGGCUUGUGAACGAACGGCUUUUUGCGCCUGCAGACCGUGUGAGGAUUUUGAUGAUUAAAGCUUCUAGGAACGAGGAAGAGCUUAAACGGGUAACUGAAUAUUUGAAUGAGAUGAGCCGACUUGGUUUUGAGUUUACAUUGUAUAGUUUUAAUACGCUUUUGAUUCAAUUGGGUAAGUUUGAGAUGUUUAGUAUAGCUCAGAAUGUUUUUACCCAGGUGCUAAGUAGUGGGAUUAAACCGAGUUUGUUGACAUUUAAUACAAUGCUCAAUAUAUUGUGCAAGAAGGGCAAGGUCCAGGAAGCAGAGUUGAUUUUGAGCAAGAUUUUUCAGUUUGAUAUGCUCCCGGAUGUUUUUACUUAUACAUCAUUGAUUCUUGGGCAUUGUAGAAAUCGUAACUUGGAUUUGGCAUUUGAGGUUUACGAUCAGAUGGUGAAGGCAGGUUGUGACCCGAAUUCAGUUACGUAUUCAACUCUUAUCAAUGGGCUAUGCAAUGAGGGGAGGGUGGAUGAGGCACUGGAUAUGCUUGAUGAAAUGGUAGAGAAAGGGAUUGAACCCACAUCAUAUACUUACACUGUCCCAAUUGCUUCACUAUGUGAGGCCGAUCGGCUGGUGGAAGCAAUUGGGCUUUUCAGAAGGAUGAGAAGCAGGGGUUGCCAUCCUACCGUUCAUACUUAUACAGCUUUGAUCAGUGGGUUGUCUCAGACGGGGAAACUCGAUGUUGCUAUUGGACUCUAUCACAAACUUUUGAAGGAUGGUUUGGUCCCAAACACAGCUACCUUCAAUACAUUGAUAAAUGGAUUAAGUGAGACAGGAAGAUAUGACCUGGCUCAGAAGAUUUUUUAUUGGGUGGAGAGACAUGGGACCUUGGCAAAUACCCAAACUCACAAUGAAAUCAUCAAAGUUUUCUGUUUGAUGGGUAACAUUAAUAACGCAAUGGCUCUUUUAAGCAAAAUGCUUAAAGUGGGGCCCUCUCUAAAUGUGAUUACAUAUAACACACUCAUCAAUGGAUACCUCAAUGGAGGUCAGUUAAACAAUGCUAUGAGGUUGUUGGAUUUUAUGAAAGGGAGUGGAUGUGAACCAGAUGAAUGGACUUAUACUGAACUUAUUUCUGGGUUUUGCAAGGCGGGUAAGUCUGACUUUGCAUCUACUCUUUUCCAUGUGAUGGUAGAACAAAGAAUUAGUCCCAGUCAGGUCACCUACGCUGCUUUGAUUGCUGGAUACUGUAUAGAGGGGAAAGUAGAGGCUGCAUUGUCAUUAUUUGAGCAGAUGGAGGAGAAGGGUUGCUGUCCAAGUAUUGAAACCUACAAUGCCAUUAUAAAUGGUUUGUCCAAAGAUAAUCAGUUUGUUAAAGCUGAGAAACUAUGUAAAAAGAUGGAAAAGCAAGGACUGGUUCCAAAUGUCAUUACCUACACGUCUCUAAUUGGUGGCCUCUGUAAAAGUGGCAGGACUGACCUUGCGUUCAAAGUCUUCCAUGAAAUGGGAGAACAAGGUUGCUUGCCGAACUUGUAUACAUAUAGCUCACUCAUGUUUGGGUUAUGUCAAGAGGGCAAGGCUGACAAUGCUGAGACGUUGCUUGAUGAAAUGGAGAGGAAAGGAUUGGCUCCUGAUGUGGUAACAUUUACCACACUCAUUGAUGGUUUUGUUAUGCUUGGUAGGCUAGAUCAUGCAUUCUUGCUUCUUAGGCGAAUGGUUGAUGUGGGUUGCAGGCCCAACUACCGAACAUAUGCUGUGUUGGUCAAAGGGUUGCAAAAGGAAAGUCAGUUGCAGACGGAGAAGGUUGUGGGGCUCGUGGCCCAACAUGAAGCAAUGUAUAGUUGCAGCUCUGAUGAAAGCUAUAACUUUGUUGAGGCAUUGUGCAAUCUCUUAGCUAGGAUGUCAGAGAAUGGAUGUGAACCUACUGUUGAUACCUAUGGUACUUUAGUGAGAGGCUUGUGUACAGAAGGCAGAUAUUAUGAGGCAGAUCAGUUGGUGCGGCAUAUGAAAGACAAAGGCCUGUGCCCCAAUAGAAGGAUUUAUCUGUCUCUAUUCUUUGCUCAUUGUACGAAUUUAAAAGUGGAAUCUGCGCUGGAAAUCUUUGGCUUGAUGGCAGAUAAUGGAUUUGAGUUUCACUUAUCAGCUUAUAAGGCACUUAUUAGUGCUCUCUGCAGGGUGUGUCGGGUGGAAGAAGCUGAAACUUUAUUCAAAAGCAUGCUAGAAAAACAAUGGAAUACUGAUGAGAUUGUUUGGACUGUGUUAAUCGAUGGUUUACUGAAGGAAGGGCAAUCAGAUCUAUGCAUGAAGCUUCUUCAUGUUAUUGAAUCUCAAAAAUGCAGUAUCAGUUUCCAGACAUAUGUUAUCUUGGCCAGAGAACUUUCUAAAGUAAACAAGGAGAGGGGGAGUUCUCAAAUUGUUAACAGAGCAAGUGAUUUAAAGGGUGUAUAUUGAUCAUGGUUUCUUUAUACACAUGGAGAAAAAGGAAAUUCGUUAACUGAGUUCCAUUAAUGAACUAAUAAGAAAUGAUACUUUUUUUUGCCUGAGGUGUAUAUAUUCUUUUGCUGUGACAAAUUUGCAGCUUGAUCAUACAAUAAAUGGUAUGUAGAUGGCGCUUUGCCUUCGAACCUUGUUAACAUUCGUUUCUUUCUAUUACUGUCUUUGAUGAUUAUCAGAAUACUUUAGUUCUGUUGUCUUUUGAUUAAUUUGAUCGCAAUAUUUGUCCAAUAGUCACCAAGAAAAUUCGUUCAAUGUUUACUAAGUUUGUUAUCCUAUCUACAUGGAAAUGACAAGUUAUUUUCAGAAGAUAAUUGUCUUCGGUUGGAACUGAAAAUCUGGUGUGCAUGAAGCAGCAACCUAAGGACUGUGUGUACUGUUUGUCAAUUGGUUUGGGGAUUAAGAUGUUUCUGCCUAUGCAGGCUUCUUAAUUACAUGGAUUAUCUUAUCUAGGAAGGCUUCUUAAUACAGAAAUAGUGAUGUGUGCGAUCAUCCAGGCAGACUUCUUAAUUACAUGGAUUAUCUUCUUUAUGGUGCUCGUUUGUUUGGUUUUUCAUUGUUUGACAUGCUUACACAAUAUUUAUUCUGGCAUUGUGUUUAUAAAAUGGAAUUGAGAGCUAGACAUUCUUGGCAUAUAUACUUGCAGGUGAUACAGCUUGGACGUCCCCUAGUGGAAAGCUUCCUCUUUCCUCAGAAAAUUUUGACAAGAAGAUGUUAAGGUACACCUUGUUUGAUACCGAUGUUGGUUUAUUUCGCUGUUGUUACCUCAUACAAUUUUGAUUCAUUGUAUUCUUUACACCAAGAGUCAUUUAUAAAAUAUACCUCAGUUUUACAAUAGCAUAUGUUAUGGUUCAUUUAGUAAAUUUUGGUUUUAUGUUUUAGUUUUAGCUUUGAUGGUCAAAAUCAUCCUUUUUUUUAAUCUCUCCCUCGUCUCUUUUUUCCUUCUCUCUGUUAUUCUUUUAAUAAGAAAAAGAAAUAAAGAAACUAAAGGCAAAAAAAUCUAACCAAAUUCCCAUGGGAUGGUCUCUUGAUUCUGUAUUGGCAAGUAGAACUAUUUUACUGUGAAUUAUCAACAAAAAGUAAUCUACAGUUGCCACCUGAUCUAAAUCAACUUAAAUAAUGUCUGUGAUUCAGAAUUCCAGGAUAAAUUAUACUUUAUAGUUGACAUGAUGAAAUUAAUUUAAUUAGACAUUUUUGGUGUAGGGUUACUCAGGUCCUUCUAAAUCGAGCUCAAUUUGCACUAGGGCUCUUAGAAAGAACUGCUGGCCAAGAUUACUGAACUAGUCCACUUUUUUUAAUCUGCCUCUAAUUGUUCUAAUAUGCAAAUGCCAGUGUGUGUGGCCACUUUCCGUAUGUGGUGUUCAAUUUUUUUCAUUUUCCCAAAGGAUGAUAGCACUCUAAAUCUUUGUAGGGUUUUUGAUUGGGGUCGAGAUGAGCUCAGAGUUUGCUUUUUUUGUCACUUUCUUUGUGCUUCGCUGAUCUUUGCCUAGUAUUUGCUGGGAUUCCCACUCCUUAAAUAAAGAAGGGUGGAAUGAAUAAAGGCUUGGUAAUGCAUGAAGACCCUAUUAUUUCCUAUACACAAGUGAUAUUGUAUGGGUAUGAACUAUAUUGUGGAUCAAUCUAGAAAGGUAAAAACGCAUUCAUUAUGGUGUGAGUUCUAGUGUUCUCACCUUUCCUCCAAGUCUAAACCUAUACAAACCCCCGAGUAUGAGAAACCCUUUGAGUGAAAAGUAAAUUAUUAUGUGUAUGCAAGAGAGAAUUUUGUGGUGAAAAUCUCUGGAGGUGAAUUUGGAAGACUCUGGCUUCCCGGCAGUCAGUUCUUGUGAGAUUGUUCCUUUGUAAUCCUUGGUAUCUUCCAGUCCUGUCCACACAAAAAAUUUCUUGUAAUUCCAUCAUUUUAUAUAGUAAAGAAGAAUUUGUUCCU